GAGAACGAGAGACGCUUAAGAUAGAGAGACAGAGCCAAUACGGUACGAGGGAGAGAAACCCUGGGUAAAGAGAGAGAGAGAGAGCAGAGUGAGAGAGCUGCAGAGAGAGAGAGGGGCUGAAUGUGAGAAGCAGCAUGAGGAGAGUGAAAGCAGAAAAUCAUUCAGCUCCUGAUCAUCACUGAAGACGACUCAACAACUUACCGACUCUUUCCGGAAACCUGAAAUCCACAUGAAACCUCUUCUGUGUGCUGAUGGUUUACAUGAGGAACAAGAGAUUUCCUUCUUCUUCUUCUUCUUCUUCUUUUAUUUGUUUUCUUUUAGGAAAGAGAUGUGGAAAUAUCCUGAGAGGGAAAGAUGAAGGUUUUAAAAGGAAUACGGAACCAGACCUGCGUUGGUUUGUGGAGGAUCUGGAGAGUGACUGACACUUUCCACUGAGCCCUUAUGCAAGCAGGAGGAGGACAAAUCAAAAGAAAUAUUUAAGAUCUCUGGAGAGCUGACACUGCUUUUGGAAAAGAGGAAUAAUUUUUCUGCGAGUCAGGACUUUCUUAUCGCCAAGCUGAGUGUGUGAAGAGCAAAGAGAGGAGAAAGUUAGAGAGGUGUCUUUGGGUAACACACACACGUCAAAUAUCAUCAUGUUCAUCAUCAAUCUCUCUCGGCUGCCGACGCACUAUCACAGGUGCAGGGAUGAGUUGAGACAAGGCGGCAAGGACACUCGAGGAUUUCCACACACACUCAUGAACACACACACACGCAGUAAUUACGUCUGUGCAGGUAUGUAGGGUAGGGUAACCCCACCUUGACAAAGGAUACCUCUUCAGGUCUGCGUCAAACUGAUAUAAGUUAUGUGUCAAUUCAGUCUUUUAAGGAUGAAAAUGCACAGAUUAGUGCUUUUGCCCUGUACAUUAUUGGCUGUUUGCAUUAUGAAAACCAAAGAUUGAAGGUCAAGCUUCAUCUGUUUGAAAAGAAACAGAGACUUUGGGGAGAUGAAAUUCAGAUUUGUAAGAUCCGAGACUUCAGAUGGGCCUAAUGUUUUUAUCAUGAGCGCAGACUUCAAGGAUGAGAAACCUGCAACUGUGUCCCCCAUCGCUGCAGCUUCAAAUGGAUUCUAUAAUCAGAAGAUGAGAGGAGUUUUUCCCCCAAAAAAAGAUGACUGAAAACAUGUGAGACAAAAUUCCUCCAACAUUUUGUUUGGAAUAUUUCGAUCAGAGCCCAACUGGAACACUUCUUUCUGUUUGUUUUUUUUCCAGUACUGUGGGACUAAAAACCAAGCGAUUUAAUUUUGAUCCGUUCAACAUUGUCCUUUGAGAGUGAACAGCUGCUCUUUUUGUUGUGCUGAAUUCAGCAGUCUGCUAUUUUUGUUUCCCCGCACGGGGAAGAUCAUCACCUGUUGAUCCUUUGACAGACGAUUCAAGGCUUUAGAGUAUCCUCUGAGAUCAUGGAGUGAAUAACUGACAGCACAUAUUGAAAUAUAAUUCAUUACCCGGCUGAUGAAUGGUGUUAUAUUUAUGGCAUUCACCUGGGGAAAGGAAAUAGAGAGUGAGUAAAUGAUGACAAGACUUUCCCUCUUUCUUCCUCCACUCUGACCUAUUUUCCAGGCAGCAUUCUUGAGGCGUUUCUGUCUCUGGCUGUGACGGCGUUCCUGAGCCGCCACCAUGAACCUGCGUGGUGGCAACGUGUCAGAGUUGAUCUCCAACACCGUCAGAGCCGUGACCACUCUGGAGGCCAACACCUGGUCGCCACGAGGAUUUGAGGAUAACACCCUGCGAAUCAAUAACGUGACAAACUCGGGUUGUCACGCGAGUGACACGGUCCGUAAUGGCGUUGACAUUCAGUUGGGGAACUGGUCUUAUCGUAACGUCGGAGGAGUUUACGGCGAGGAGGUUGGCAGGAUUUACGGGUCUCAGUGUCCUCAACAAGAGAUGGCGGUGGAGAAGAACUGGGCGGCGCUUCUGAUUUUAGUCGUAAUCGCCGUCACGGUCAUGGGCAACAUCCUGGUGAUCCUGGCGGUCUCCCUGGAGAAGAAGCUGCAGAACGCCACUAACUACUUCUUGAUGUCUCUGGCAGUCGCUGACAUGCUCCUAGGCAUCCUGGUCAUGCCGGUCUCCAUGGUGACAAUUCUCUACGAUUAUGGGUGGCCGCUGCCCUCCGACCUUUGUCCCAUCUGGAUCUACCUGGACGUCCUGUUCUCCACGGCGUCCAUCAUGCACCUCUGCGCCAUCUCUCUGGAUCGGUACAUCGGCAUACGAAACCCGAUCCACCACAGCCGCUUCAACUCCCACACCAAGGCCCGCAUCAAGAUCAUGGCAGUGUGGACGAUUUCAGUGGGGAUAUCCAUGCCGAUUCCUGUCCUGGGACUCCGAGACCACUCCAAGGUCUUCAAAGAUGGCAGCUGCAUGCUGACAGAUAACAACUUUGUGCUGGUCGGCUCCUUCGUGGCCUUCUUCGUGCCCCUCACCAUCAUGGUCGUCACCUACUUCCUGACCAUCAACGCUCUGCAGAACGAAGCCACCCUCUGCUUGGACCAGCUGGUCCCGCGGCCCAAAUGGAGCACGACGUUCACCUUGAGCUUCUUACCGCAAACCUCGCUGUCCUCUGAGAAACUCUUCAGACGCUCGAUAAGCCGCGAGGCCAGUGGCAGCAGAGGAAGCAGCAGCGGCCUGGGAGGCGCCCGCGGGAGCAUCUCCGGCACGCUGUUUGGACGCCGCACCAUGCAGUCCAUCAGCAACGAGCAGAAGGCGUCCAAGGUCCUCGGGGUGGUGUUUUUUCUCUUUGUGGUCAUGUGGUGCCCGUUUUUCAUCACCAACGUGCUGGUGGUGGUGUGUGACCCGGCGGUGUGCGACGCAGGACUUAUGGGAGGCCUGCUGAACGUUUUCGUGUGGGUCGGAUAUUUGUCCUCCGCAGUCAAUCCGCUGGUCUACACACUGUUUAAUAAAACAUACCGAGCGGCAUUCCUGCGCUACGUUCGCUGCCAGUACCAGCCGGAGAAGAAGCCUCUUCAGCUCAUACUGGUGAACACCAUCCCUCCGAUGGCUUACAGCUCCACCCAGCUGCCCCUGGGCGACAUCGAGAGGUUACGAAACGGAGUGGUGCACUCUAGCGGCGAAGUGAAGGACUACUCUUUACCAGGACAGGAAACGAAGAAGUGUGGGCCGGACAAAAGUCAUGGAGACAAGGACGAGAGCUGUGUGUGAAUAAAAGCCUGCUUCACGGUUGACUCACGGAUUAAAUAAAACCUUUAACUUCUGUGGUCACAUCAUACUUACAUACAGCGAAGGGUUUGAGGUUUAAAGUGCCAAAGACGAAGUGCCUCCCAGUCAGGAUUUUAGAAAGAGGUCAUGAGUUGAAAAUAUAGUCUACACUUUUUACAUUUCAGCGCAUCCUGAGCAUUUUCAGAGCAACACGAGUCCUCAGAUUCAUUCAGCUUCUGAUCCAUGCCUCAUGAACAGGGUCUGGAUCAGCUGAAUCAAGUUAGUGAGUUUCUUAUAACAACGAAAGCACCUUUUUAUAACCCAAAAAUAAUGUCAAUUAGUGCUUGUUUCAUGGAUUGAGAUCCGUAAAAGUUUUUGAGUUUCAGAGCCUCCUCCACACUGCCAGCAAAUGAAAUUAGUCUUGGAAAACAUGUCAUAUCUUUUUUUAUGGAUAUUGAGUCAAUCAAUAUCUUCCCGUCUGAGAGUCAAAUGAGAUGAGAAGGAGGGACAGUCCAUGUAAAUGAUGUGAGACACUCUCGGGCAUAUGGCCAGUACCAAAAGUGACAUAAUUUACCCAUUGUGUAACAAACUCUUUGGACAAAAGGGUAAAAACAGAUUUUGUAGAUUCUUCACACUCACAUUUUUCACAUAUGCUCAACUGCAGUGACCUCAGCCCCCCUCUCAUUUCGCCGGCUCCCUGGCACCAGUCAGGUGGCCUCUACCUCCCAUCAUACCUUUGGGUGGAUCAGCAGGGAUUAGACUGGAUUUCCUGCCACCUUAUCAGAUGUUAGAGUCAGGGGGAGGGAGAUCCAGGAUGAGCCUGACGCACCGGGACUACAGACUCUUGCAGAGGUCAGAUAAAGCUGCCAAAUAGGGGAAGGAAAGGCUCCUGCUCCUUCUGUAUUUUCUGUUGAAAAUAACAUGAAGAAUAAAUAUUAUGUCUAAAUAAAUCUAUAUUUGUAUUUUGUGCAGAUAUAUGUGAAUAAAUGUAUAUGAUUGUUGAGGUUAUAAAGUUUUGAUAUUUACAAGUGAGAGGACGAUUAUUGUCACAGACGUGAUGCAGUAUGAAGAUUGUAAAAUGAGAUUAUUUGGUAGGAAAUGAAGAGGAUUUAACUACAGAUGUUUCCACUGUAAAAGUCACACUUUUCAUUGUGUUUUUCUCAGACUACCAGUGCACAAAUUGGCGUUUAUUUCCCAGAAACAUCAAGGUUUUUUCUUCAGUUUUUAUAUGUUGUAACAAAUGGCCAGGUUGUUGGUUGCCACAUGUUUAAAUAUCGUUUUAAUAUGGAUCCGCUGUAUGAGACUGAAGAGAGAAUCGCCUGGAGGAAGGACAGAAGCCGGAUUAAUGCAUGAAGGUAGUUCUGAACGAUGGAUGUAUUAACAAGGUGCACUCAGGCUUCGUGGUUCAGACUGAACGCUACAUGAAUUUUAGAUGCUUUAUGACUGCAAACAAAGUCAAAUGAAACACUUGAGUGGAUGCGACACAUAUUCGCUCAGAAACACAGACUACAAAAAAACUGUCCACUCAUCAAAUUCAAAUGGAUUAAAGGUGCCCUGUGGAGUUUUCUUAUGAAUAAACUUAAGUUAUGUUUACAUUUAGGGUUUCUCUCAAACAAACCAUCUUGAAAACAUUUUCUUUUUUAAUAUAUUUUAAGUUGUGCUUUGUUUAUGUUUGUUUACAAGCAGUCUUCUUCUUCACAGCCUUUGCAGGCUCAUUGAUAUGUUGGAUUACUGUCACCAGUAAUCCAUUUUUUUUUUUUAAAUCUUACUUAGGUAAAAGUACAAAAGUAUUAGCAUCAAAAUAUACUUAACUUUAUACUAAAGCACCAAAAGUAAAAGUACUCAUUAUGCAGAAUGACCCAUUUCAGAAUCAUAUAUAACAUAUUACUGGAUUAUAGUCAGAGAUCUAUUAAUGUAUGUCACCUUAAUGAUACAGCUGGUAAAGGUGGAGCUAAUUUAAAUUACUCGGUAUACUGCUGGGGAGCUUAAUGUAUAAUAAGACAUACUUUUAUUUUUUGAUAACAUUUUGUAUUAUUAAUCUGAAUCUGUAAAGUAACAACAGUUUUGAAGUAAAUGUACUGCAGUAAAAUGUACAAUAUUGCCCUCUGAAAUGUAGUGGAGUAGAAGUAUGAAGUAGCAGAAAAUGGAAAUACUCAAGUAAAGUACAAGUACCUCAAAAUUGUACUUAAGUACAGUAAAUGUAUUUAGUUACUUUCCACCAUUGCCACCUGUCGAUCAGUGGAGUAGCCUUAAACCGACGAUAGGAUCUGAAUCACCAGCCCGUUCGCACUUACCCUAACUGAGUGGUUUCCUUGCCUGAAUCUAUCUGCGGACGUUUGCGUGGCGUAGAAAUGAUACAUAAAAAAGCUAAAAUGCGUACUCGUGACACGGGGAAUGUCCGUGUAAUGUCGUGGUAUUUAUACGCCUUCCUGUGAGAGAGUGCAUCACGACACAUUCCCACUCCCAACUCGUCAAAUACCAAUGCUCAGUAGCCCUAUGAUUCAAACUAUGCCGCUCUAGCGUCAGUUUUGGACAGUGUUUCAGUUUCUGCUCGUUACAUGUAUACAGUGUCUGUUCAAUAUAAACUUCCAACGUAGGUUUUUAGUUUUACUUAGCAAACAAAACCACUUGGUUAGGACUGUACGCUUGUUAGUAAAGUACGUAAGUAAGUUACAUAACGAAAGUAAGGUAAAAUAAGUCAACGUUGACUUGGUUUCGGUAUUUGAUGAGUUGGGUCGAGUGAGAAUGGGUUGGUGCAUCCUCAUGCACGAUACAAAUAAUCCACUCUUCAAAACAUAGUACCCUGCAGUGCUACUAGUGGUCGAAAACUCCACUGGGUCCCUCUAAGUGAGAUGAAAAUGUGCUCUGUAUUCAGUCUGAACUCUCAAAAACUGGAUAACGCCCAUUCAUUCAAAUGAAAGUUGCUGCACAUGCAUCAAGAAAGUUACUUUUCCUCCUGAUUUCUUUGGUGUUAUGGAGUCUACUAUGCAUGCUCAUUAGGCAGCGUCAGCCAAUCAAAUAUGUGCAAGCACAUAUUCCUGGUUUGAUUAGUUCAUAGAUUGGUUCAUGUCAACAGUUUUACAGAUGUCUCUUUUAUAAUUGCAGUCUACAGGGAAAGUGCUUUUUGGGGCGCAGGAUUUACUACCGACUGUGCGACUCCAUUUCCAUCCCUGUUAAUACAUCCAUGGAUCAUACAAUGAUAUUAAGAGAAGCCUGAAAAACCAACGGCAACAAGACGUAAUUUAGAGUUAAAGUGGAAUGUAAAGAUCAAGAAUAUCAAGUUAUUUUGGCUAAAAGUCACUACAAAUUUGUUCUCUGACGUUUCCUCUUAAUGUUUGUCGUGGCUUUGAUAAGGGAUGUAAUGAGGAGUUCACUUCCAACAUGUUAAUUAUCCAUGAACAGGAUCCAACGUGUAAAAGGUUCAUAAUUCUACUAUAAAUCAUAUCAGUAUUUCAUUUUAGAGCAGAACUCUUCACAUGUAAUGAGAAGGCUACAGCUAGCUCAGGGUAUAAUAUAUAUUAAGAUGAUGCACUAAAUGUCGUACAGAGGGACCGUAAGUCAUUUGAAGAAGAAAAGAGGUUUUUCAGCCAAAGCGAGUAGCAGGGAGGUUAUUUAUCAUCACCACAGCUGUUAUUUACAGCCGCAGGUACAGCAAGGAGCUGUGGCUCAGAGAAAGACUAAGGCAACAGUGAGGCUGCUCAUAAACAACAGUAAUGAAGGAAGAGAAAUAUGAGCUCAGCAGGUGGCUGCUUUUAGCUGUACAGCAACAUUUAGCAGUGAUGCAUUUUCUUCUUCUACCUGCUUUUACAUAGAAACAGAAAUAUCUGAUUCUUCAGCUUCUGUCUGUCCAAAUGAAUAGUCAGCUGUUUGUGGACGGGGGUUUCUCAAAGAAGAAAAUUCCGUUUGUUUUAUUAUCUGGGUCUUAUUUUCAUUUUACCUACUUUAGUUUUUGGGGCUUUAUUCCUAUCCAUUAUGGGGUUAAAGGAGAUCUGGAACUGUGGCAACCAAUUCGGCCAACUUACUAAAACCACUUGGAGGUGAAACUGAAACCUAAAAUCUUGGUUAUAGCCCUCCGUUGUAUAGAAACAACAUCUGUGUACGUGCACAGCGACACUUAAAGUUGAACCAGGAAGACUGACAUCUAAUUAAUGUUUAACACAGAUUGUGAUGCAAUUUUAAUAUUUGCCCCUGUUUUCUUUAAUAAUAAGGUAAAACUGGGGGUUUGUUUACAACUGGUCGGACUGGUACGUGUAACAUUCAUAAUGUUAAUUUGGGCAUUUACAGUAAAAAAUCAAUAAUUGAACAUUGUUGGAUGGAUCCAGACCGCUGCAUCUCAGCCCAUUCAGCUAUUCAAACAUCUAAAGGUCACUAAUUAACAUGUUGUAUCUCGGCAUUUAAUCCUCAUAAAACCAUAAGUUCUUCUUUUUGCACCACAGUUUUUGUACAUAUUAAACAAACGAGAUAUGACGUGUUAAUCAGAGGGCUUUAGAGGAGCUGGUUAGUGGAUUUUGUUCGCUUUGGACAGAGCCAGGCUAGCUGUUUCCCACCAUUUCCAGUCUUUAUGCUAAGCUAAGCUAACUGUCUUCUGGCUGUAGCUUCAUAUUUAACAGAAUGAGAGUGGAAUUGAUCCGUCAUCAAACUCCCAGCAAGAACUUGAAUAAGCAUAUUUCCCAAAAUGUUGAACUAUUCCUUUAAGUCAGCUGCUACCACAGCUUCUGUGUCGACUAAAGAUGAAACAUCUCUUCUUAUUGAUUGGUCAGGAGAAAUUAACAUCUUCUUCCAAACAGUAAACAAACAGAAAGAUUGGCAAUUCAGCCCGAUUGUCAGGCUAGGAAAAUUUAAUAACUGUAUUAGGGUUUUUAAAAUUGUAUUUUUUCUUCAAGAGAUCAAUGUAUAAUUAAGAUUUUGGAUCACUUUUGUACCUUUUGGACUUUGCUGUCAUUUGAUGGCUCGUGUUCCAGCUCUUUGGACUACGCUGUAAUGAUACUGCCUGGCCCUGAGCCCCAGGACCAAAACCUCGGAAAUAAAACCCAGGAUGUAAAAGCAAAACAAACUGAAUUUCUCUUUAAUGGUAAAGGCUUCAGAAGCCGCGGCGGGUGAAGAACCAUCUAAUCUGGCUUCGUUGUGUUGCUCAUCCUGGAGGCUAACGGUCCCAGUCUGUUUUUUGUUUUUUAAUGGACCUGGACCUACUCAGAUGAUGUAGCUGCUCUCUGUGUGUAGUUCUGUUGCUGUUGCAGUGAUGUGGACACCAUCGACACCUUUCUUCUGACGUAACUUUGGAUCCACCAACCUCACUCUGGUUCGGUUUGGAGGUGUUUUUUUUUAAUUGUUUUUUUUUAACUAGUGUUUUUUUGGAAUUUGAUGUUUGAUGGUGACAGUCACGUUUCUUUUGUAUGUCAACUGUAUGCAACAGGUGUUUUUGUCUCCUUGUUUUCAAAUCAAAGUAAAAAGAAAAACUGGAGAUGAAGCGUUUUCCAUUUGUGUAAGUUUUAUUUAUUUAUUUAUUUAUACUUAUUUAAGUGGAAGAAUGAAUGUAUGUGUAGAUAAAGGGAGAACAAGG